CAUCAGUGUGAUGGUCAUUGCAAGAAUGCUCCUUACAUUGGUGGUCAUUGAUAAGAAUGCUCCUUAUAUUGGUGGUCCACUGGGAAGAAUGCUCCUUGCAUUGGUGGUCAGUGGGAAGAAUGCUCCUUGCAUUGGUGGUCAGUGGGAACAAUGCUCCUUACAUUGGUGGUCAGUGAGAAGAAUGCUGCUUACAUUGAAGGUCAUUGAGAAGAAUGCUCCUUACAUUGGAGGUCAUUGGGAAGAAUACUCCUUACAUUGGUGGUGUCAUUGGGAAGAAAUCUCCUUACAUUGGUGGCCAUUUGGAAGAAUGCUAUUUACAUUGGUGGUCAGUGAGAAGAAUGCUCUUUACAUUGGUGGUCAGCGGGAAGACAUCAGUGCCCCAUUAUUGGUUUUAAUGGGAGGAAUAGUGGCCCAUUGUUGAUAUCAGUGAGAAGAAUAUUGCUCAAUUGUUGACAUCAGUGAGAAGAAUAGUGCCCCAUUGAUGGUGUCAGUAGGGGGAAUGGUGUGUCAUCAUUGGUGUCAGUUGGUGGAAUAG